UCCGGGCCCGGCAUGAACAAAAUUAUAUUAUUCUGUAGUAUACACUAUUUGAAACUUUAAAUUAAUCAUUUUUUGCCUACCUAAGAAAAAUUUAAAGAAAAGUGAAGAUGUUAAAAAUGGUUCAUGUACUAUGAUGAAUAUUUACUGACCCUAAGCAUAAUUUGAAAAUAGUUAAAAGUAAUAAAAUAACUUAAUCAUGUCAUUUCUCGGCUACCGUUGGUACAAUUAUAAAUAAUAAAAUAUAUAGAUAUUAAUUAUUAAUAAGCAAUCUCUUGCUUUCUCUCUCUAGGAAUGCUUUCUCUCUCAGCGCAAGUUAGCAGGCUUGCUUAACCUGCGCCAACCAUGGGUAAGAGAGCUCGUAUUCCGACAGAGAAGGCAGCAAUGGCUCAGGAAAAUGCUAAGAAAGGUGGUGGAGGGAAGAAGAAGAAAGAUAGUCAAGUUCCAGUUCAAAAGGAAGCUUGUAUUGUAGCUGAGGUGGUGAGUGAACAAAAUGGUAGUAAUGGAUUAGAAAUGACGCAGUUGGAAGAACUCCAGAUCGUAGAACAUUUGGAGGAGAGUCCGAUGCCGACUGAAACUAUAAUUGAGACAACAAUUCCACUAUCCAUGGGAAAUUCGGAGGUACGCACCCGCGUAGCAGUAAAUAUGGGGAAUAGCGAAUCCAAAACGGAAUCUAGCCGAAGACUGUCCUGGGCAGAUGAAGUGGAGGCUGAAUUAGAAACGAGGCCAUCAGUAUGGGACAACUUCUCUAUCACAAAGAUCUCUAACGCUGGUUUUAAGCUGGAUUAUGUUGCUCCAGAACUUCAUGAAGAGGUACCUGUUUGUGAAAUUGAUUUAGAGAAUAUUAGUUCAGAAAUUCUCUAUUGGAAAAAUGUGAUAGUAUGUUAUGUGCUGGGGGCUCACCCCCCAUUUUCUGUAUUGAAUGGUUUUGUACAAAGGCAGUGGGCCAAGCAUGGUAUUAAUAAGGUGUCGAUGCUGAAAAAUGAAAUUGUCCUGGUUAGGUUUGAAAGUGAGAUAGGGAAGAAUGAGGUACUACAAGGGGGAAUCUAUCACUUUGAUAACAAAUCGUUCAUCGUCAAAGCGUGGAAUCCAGAUAUGGAAUUUAUAAUAGAAGAGUUGUAUACUGUGCCUAUUUGGGUGAAACUACCUGGAUUGGACUUUAAAUACUGGGGUCCUAAACGGCUUAGUAAAAUUGGAAGUCUGAUAGGAAAGCCAUUGAUGGUUGAUCGAAACACUGAAAAGAAGAUAGGUUUAAAUUGUGUCAAAUUAUUGAUAGAGGUGGAUAUAGACACACCUCUUCCUGAGAAGGUUUUCUUUAGGUCUAAGAGGGGGUACUUGUUAGAACAAAAAGUCAGUAUGACUGGAAACCAACACUUUGCAAAUUUUGUAGUAAAUAUGGCCAUAAUGAAGAGGCGUGUAAGAAGAAGAACCCUGCACCCACAACAAAUACAGUCACAGAAGUAGAGAGUAAAGAGGAGGGAGGUCAGGGAACUAAAGUAACAGUUGGUGGUAAUGAAAAGGUCCCAAGCAAAACACCUACAGCAAAAACAGGAGGAGGGGAUCAAGGGGUCCAAAAGGGUGCUAAUAAUAAGAAAGGUGUUCCAGAGGUUCAAAAAAUGGGUGCCAAUAAAAGAGUGGCAACUACUAGGACUCAAUCUGUAGUACAUGGUGUCCCUACUGUGGGGAAGUAUGUCACCCCACGGGUGAGGGAACAGGUUGGACUUGGGUGGGUUACUCCUAUAAAUCCUGUACACAAGCAGCAAGGCAGAGGGACUGAAUAACAGAAUCAACAAGAGCCUCUAGAUAAACCAGGAACAAGUGGUAAAAGGCAAGCUCAGCAAGGUACAAAAGUGGGAGGUAAGUCUAACCCUCCUACUGAUAAUGGAUAGCAUGUUAUGUUGGAAUAUGAGAGGUCUUAAUGGCCCUGAUAAGCAAAGGGAAGUAAAACUCAUUUACAAUAGAGAGUUAGUUGGAAUAGUAGGAUUGGUGGAGACUAAGGUGAAAGUAAGUAAAAUUGAUCAAGUAGCUAGCAAGUUAUUCCAAGGCUGGCAAUAUUUAACAAAUCUUGCAUAUCAUUAUAAUGGUAGAAUCUAUUUGACAUGGAGGCUUGAUCUUUAUCAGAUAUAGUAUGUGAAUGGUAAUGCUCAAGCCAUCACUUGUCAAGGGCUUAAUAAAAGUCUAGACAAGACUUUUUAUAUGACAGUUGUGUAUGGAUACAAUGCUAGGGAAGAAAGAAGGGAGCUCUGGAGUUAUCUGGAGGAUGUGAAGCAGGGUUGUAAUGGGCCUUGGAUACUAAUGGGGGAUUUUAACACAGUGCUAAACAUGAAUGAUAGAUUUGGGGGAAAUCCAAUUUCUGUUCCUGAAGUAGUGGAUUUCAAAAAUUGUGUAGAUACUUUUAAACUAGUGGAACUACAUGCUAAGGGGUGUAGGUACACCUCUAAUGACAAACAAGGGGAAAAUAGGAUGUUUUCAAAAAUUGAUUGGGUGUUAGUGAACAAUGACUGGUUGACUCAAAUGCCUAGCUAUAUUGGAAAUUUUCUAUUGGAAGGAAUUAGUGACCACUGCCCUGUUAAAAUAGAAGUAUUGACUGCUAAACUAAGCAGGAACAAGGCGUUUAAGUAUUGUAAUACAUGGGCCACUCAUCCCAGCUUUCUAGACAGGGUUAGGGAAGUUUGGAAUAAGCAAGUAAGAGAGUGUACCAUGUUUCAAGUAGUGAAGAAAUUGAAAAUGUUUAAAGGGAAACUGAAAGAUCUAAACAAGCAACAUUUCAGAGAUAUUCUAACAAUAGCAGAAGAGGGCAGAUCAUUACUAAGCUCAGUGUGCAACAAGCUCUUCAGAGGAACCCUGGUGACCAGACUCUCCAGAAGAAGGAGAAGGAAAAAAUCCAACAGUUCAGAAGGUCUUCUUACAUAGCUGAAUUAUUUUUGCAACAGAGGAGUAAAGUCACAUGGAUCAAAUUAGGAGAUGAUAACACUAGAUAUUUCUACUCAGUGAUAAAGUACAAGAGGCUACAACAAGUUGUUACUCAGCUGAAGGACAAUAGAGAUGUGAUGUAGCAUGAUCCAGAGAAGAUAGCUCAAAUUUUUGUGGAGUAUUAUCAGGGGCUUUUGGGACAAAAAGACAGAGGUAGGACAAAAAUGUUUCAUAGUUUUAUCAACAAUGGUAAGAAACUCUCCGUAGAGAAGCAAAUGGACCUGAUGAAGCCAUAUAGUAAUAAGGAUGUGAAGCAAGCUAUGUUUAGUAUCAAUGGAAACAAGAGCCCAGGCCCUGAUGGGUAUAAUAAUGAUGUGACUAAGGCAAUUCUGGAGUUUUUAAGAAAUGGAUAGUUGCUAAAUUAGAUAAAUUCAACCAUGAUAGCCUUGAUCCCUAAAGUGGAGAAUCCCCAACUAGCUAGUCAAUUUAGGCCAAUCUCCUGUUGUAAUGUACUGUACAAGUGCAUUUCUAAAAUCAUAUGUGUUAGACUGAGAAAAGCUUUGACUAUGUUGGUUGCUGAAAAUCAAGCUGCAUUUGUAGAAGGGAGGUCCUUAGUGCAUAAUUUGCUUAUAUGUCAUGACUUGUUGAGGCAUUACAACAGGAAGACAACACCUAGGUGCCUUAUGAAGAUUGAUUUAAGGAAAGCAUAUGAUAUGGUGAGAUGGGAAUUUGUAGAAGAAGUAUUGUUCGGUUAUGGAUUUCCAGUGCCUUUUAUUCAAUUGGUUAUGUGUUGUGUCACAAUAACAAAGUUCUUUGUGAAAGUGAAUGGAGAAAGAUAUAGGUAUUUUGAAGGGAAGAGGGGGUUGAAGCAAGGAGAUCCAAUAUCUCCUUUGCUAUUUGUGCUAGUUAUGGAAUAUCUCACCAGAGCUUUAAAUAAAAUGAGUGAACUACAUGAUUUCAAGUUCCACCCUAUGUGUAAGGGCCUUAAACUGACACACUUGAUUUUUGCAGAUGAUUUAAUGAUCUUCUGUAAGGGGGAAAUUCAGUCUAUAAAGAGAGUCAUGGAAGUUUUGAGUCAUUUCAGCAAUGUUACUGGAUUACAGGCAAAUAUGGAUAAGACUAACAUCUUCUUGG